AUGGCGGUCCGGUGGAUCACCGUCCUUGCCCUGAUUGGAUGGCGACAUGGACUCGUUACAUGCGACGAAACGCCCUACGAGGAAUACGAGUCUCACCUGCAGCUCUUACGGGCCAAGCUCUUCGAUCCGUCGAAGUACGACGUCAACCGGCGCCCCACCAAUGACAGUUCGAGAGCUACCAAGGUCACUGUAAAAUUAUUUGGGGGACACAUCACGUACAUGAACCUCGAAGAUGAAUGGUUCACCCUCGCCAUGGUCCCGUGCAUCAACUGGUACGACCCCGCUCUUGUGUGGGAUCCGGACGACUACGGAGGGCUCAAGAACAUCAAUGUUUCCCCGAGCAAGAUCUGGUAUCCGGAUAUAGAAAUUGUCAACACAAGAUCCGAUGAUUACGCGUCGGAGCCGAUCAUGGUCUACUUGCACCACGACGGAGACGUGUGGUGCUGCCCGCCAGCCACGGUCAGGAUACCCUGUUCGAUGGAUCUCACGAACUAUCCGUUUGAUAGCCAGGUUUGCCGCAUGCGCUUUGCUUUGUUAACUUACGGGGACGAAGAGGUCAGGCUGGGCGGUGAGAGUAUCAUGAGCCUCAGCGUGACCAACCAAAGUUCGGAGUGGCAAAUCAGCUUCCUGGACACGUCCCAAGGGAGGCUGCUCAACAACACGAGCCUGGACAUAGCCAUAGGAAUGAGGAGGCGUGGCAGUCAUCAUCGCUACACUGCAACCCUGCCCUGGAUCGCGUCGGUCAUCAUGAUGCUUCUGGGUUUCUGGAUGCCUGCCAACUCUAGCCGCAGGCUGACUUUGGCGUGCAUCAACCUGCUGCUUGUCAUGCUGAUGCUCCAGCGGAUCACGGCGCUGCUGAAGACGUCCUCAGCAGUUCCUAAGCUAGCUUUCUUCCUGGGCAACGCGAUGGUGAUCCAAGUACUUGCGGCAAUCACGGCGGUUCUGGUACUCAACAUGGAGACCUCCACGAUUUCGAGCAAGGUGCCUGAAUCAGUGGUCCGGUUCCUCACCAGUUCGGCGGGGAAGUUCCUCUGCCUUACGCAAGAAGGCGCCAGGGCGGACCAGAUUCUGAAAGGCUCCGAAAACCCCUUUCCCGCCAAAAGGAACGACAUAGAGAAGUGCGACUGGCUGCUCGUGGCUCAAGCCUUGGACAAACUGUUCUUUGUGCUGUUCGGCAUUGUGACACUCUGCGUCAUGCCGUGGUGA